AUGGAGUUAGACGAGGCUUUGAUGAAAUUGGGAAAAUUUGGCAAAUGGCAAAUGCAAAUGUGGAUCAUCAUUUGUAUCAGUUUUAAUUGGACGUACGCCUGGCAUUUCUUUGCAAUCGUCUUUAUUGGUGAGAUCCCAAAUGAGUUUUAUUGUAAGUUUAACGAUACCGUCCAAAGCCUAAAUGACACCAUCCCCCGGGUUGACCUCGGUGACGGCCUCUCGGGGUGGGCCCAAUGUGAAAAGUUCAUAUAUCCCGGGGAUUACACUGAUCGAAACACUACACAGUGCGACAACGGGUAUAGUUACAAUAAACCCCGGGAAGAGUUGGAGACAAUGGUCACAGAGUGGGAUCUCGUGUGUGAUCGUGAAAUCAUGAUCACUAACGUCCAUACAGUCUUCGUUGUCGGCCUCAUGUUGGGCGGGAUCGUCUUCACUGCUCUUUCGGACAAGCUCGGACGCAAACCGAUCCACGUUUUCUGUCAUUUUCUCACAGGAGCUGCAGGGAUAUCAAGCGCUGUUGUGCCCGAUUAUUACAUCUUUAUGGGACUUAGCUUCGUCCGUGGGUUUGCAUUGCAGGGGAUAAUGCUUACUGGAGUAGUCGUCGCGGCUGAACUUUUCCCAAGUGUCAUGCGACUAAAGAUGGCGACAUGUGUUCAGUUUUUCUGGGGCACGGGACUCAUGGGAUUGGCCCUCUGGGCAUAUUUUCUCCCUAAUUGGAGAACAAUGCUUAUUGGGAUAUCCAUACCCUCCUUCUUUGCACUAGUUUUAAUAUGUAUUAUUCCCGAAUCUAUGGUUUGGUUAAUAUCUACGGACAAACCGGAAAAAGCCGAACGAAUCCUAAGACGUGCUUCACUGACGAACAACAUCGACGACAUGCCCGCACAAAUUUUGACCCCAAGACGAGGCUCGGGCACCGGAAGUACUGGAGGUGUGUCUAAUGGUAGUUUGCCUGGGAAGAAGGGAUCUAUUGCGAGUGGUGGGUCAUCUCUAAAAUUUACAGACCUGUUUAAAACAAAUAAGAUGCGCACGAUUACAAUAGUUACGAUCUUAUAUUGGUUCUUCACUAACGUCACCUACUUUGGCGUGUCACUGGGAACAGGAGCUUUAGAGGGAGAUUCUUAUGUGAACUUCGCUAUCAACGGGGCAGUGGAGAUUCCAGCAGCUAUUAUAUGUCUUUUUGUUCUCCCGAGAUUCGGACGAACUCGGCCUUUACUGGUGUUCCACAGUAUUUGUGGCGCUGCACUUAUUGCUCAAGCCUUCACACCUAAGUUCGUUGACAAUGGAGAUGGCACAAGGACCGAUCUAGGCCCACUACUUCUAACGUUCUAUUUCAUCGCUAAAUUUGCCAUCAGUGGAUGUUACCUCAUCACGCUGUUCUUCACACCGGAACUCUUCCCGACUGCACUCAGGAACUUGUGUCUUGGAUUGGCGUCAACUUCUGGAAUCAUUGGUGCAACAGUAGCCCCUUAUAUCUCAUACCUGGAACCAAUAGCAGUCUGGCUUCCCUACACAGUGUUUGGCGCACUGUCAAUAUGCGGCGGUAUACUCGUUCAGCUUCUUCCCGAAUCAAUCAACCUGCCCCUUCCGGAAACUAUCGAAGAUGUGGAGGCAUUCCCGAGACGACCUUCCCGACCAAGCAAGGUCUUGAAAGAUGACGUCAGCACAUUUUUACAUGAUAAAUAUGGAGCUGAUAGUAACUUGAAAAACCCCAAUGAGAAUGUCACAAAUGGUGUACCCAAAAGCGAUUCACAGCCGUAUAUGUCUACUGGUCAAAGUAACCCUGCAUACGAUUCGUAUUAUGAUGAUAAACUUUAAUGACGAAUCUUUUAAUGAGGACACGUUUGAAUAAUGAUACUAAACAUCGUCGCUAAGAUUAAAUAAUUUUAUAUUAGGCGUGGCCAGAAAAGACAUGGAUCUUAAGAUAUUUCAGAUGGUAUGUGAAUGAAAAAAAUGCAAUGGAAUUUCAUGGCUUUUUCCUAUACUUUCUCAGAACCAUAUUGAUAUUCCACCUUGAAACUGCAAGAUAAUAUUUAUAAUAUUUGAACUAUAUAGUCAAAAUGAUGUAAAUGU